AUGCCAUCACCUGCUAUAAAUGUCUCUGUUGUGCCAUAUUCAGUAAUUACUUUGAUCUCGGCAAUAUCAUCACUAAAAUCAAGGCAUCCUCAUGCGUUAGGAAAACCAGCUAUUGAAGUUUGGCCUGAAUUGCAUACUUUGAUUCCAAAAUUAAACAACGUAAGAGCAUCAGGAAAAGGCUUACAAGGAUAUGAUUAUUAUUUAGAACAACAACGUGAUGGCUAUAAAGAAGAAACAUACGUUAACUGCUCAUUUAGUCCAAUUUAUAAAUUAGAUGGUACAGUAUGGGGUGUAAUUAAUAUAAUACCUGAAGUCACUGAAAAGGUCUUAAACAAUCAAAGAUUAAUAACUCUUGGGAACCUUUCUCUAAAGACUGCUGGUGCCGAGUACUUAGAAAGUGCAUGCAAUAUUAUAAUGAAAACAUUACAAAAUAAUAAAGACAUACCGUAUUCACUAAUUUAUCUUGUUGAAAAUCAUGAUCCAAAAAAAGCUGGCUCCAAAUCUCUGAUUGCUCGUUUAGUUGCUACAACCUUUGACGAAGUCUGUAAAGAAGAGUUUAUUCAUGGAAAAUUAAAAAGAUAUAUUCCAGAUUAUUUUCCAGAAACACAUGAAACA